AUGGCAUUUAGAUAUCGCGAAGAUUUAGUUGGCAAACGUUUUCUAUCAGUGUGUGGUGUAACAAAAAUUGACGUGAAUAAAGCUUCUGAAUGGGGCUGGAAAGCUGGUGUUAUCAGAGCAGCUUCUCAUAAAGAUAACAAGAAUAGGGAUCUUCAGGUUUUGGUCGAAUACGAUGGUGUUGACUGGCAGCGCAGAGAGUGGGUAGCGGUAUAUUCCCUUCGGACGUUUCGCGUGUUUUUAGUUGAAAGAACUUUAGUGUGGGCACCAAGGAAAGUGAAUAACAAAGAAGUCAAAUGGCCAGCUCUGACAUUCGCUGCUUUAACAGCUGAAGUAAUUUUGCAAGCUGAAACACAACCAGUGGAAUUUCUUCAUGACAAACAGCUUCAAUUUUACGACUAUGCAAACCUACAACCUUAUCAGGAAUGGGACGCAAGAUUGGCGGGUUCAGAAGUGGGAUUGGAAACAACGGUAUUGUCAGCCUUGGCAAACGAAGCAAGCGAAUGGAGAACAGUACAAGAUGGCCAAAGAAUCCUGACGACUACUCCAUCAGUUUUGGGAGGAUGUCGUGCUCAGGUGUACCGUGUUGCUGGUGCGACACAGUGGUACACGGCUGUUAUCGUUGGGGUCAAUGAACAUACUGGUGAGCUGACUGUGACUGAUGACACUGUGCUGGAGGAGCAUAGCGAGGAUCCAUCUCUGGUUCAAAUGAGACUACUUGGCGAUGGAGUUAUUGAAUCCAUUAUGCGGGGAGAAGUCGUGGGAGUUAUGCCUAGAAGAUCCCGGUCCAACCUUCAACGAGUGGAACGAGAAGCUACCAAGAGUCCAGCAACGACCGGGGGUAGAAAGAAGGCAGCUGUACGCAACAACGGCCAGAUUAACUCUUCAGAAGCACCACCAACUCAACCUGCAGGCACGUCGCCGGAACGCGAAUCUGCAGACUCGAAUAAAAAAGGUGAGUUAUAA